AUGGCAUACCCUACGCGCACACUCCCCUCGCACAUUCGCAGCCAGUCCAGCUCCCUCGGCGGAUCACAGCCCCCCGGUCAAUCGCCCGUUCUUCUCGCCCGCAUCGCAGAGAAGAAAGCCGAGCUUGCCUCUCUCAAAGACCUGCAAGCUCUCAGCGCAGGCCUCGCCGACCAGAUGCAGACGCUGGCCGAGAAAUUGUCGACGCUGUCCGACGGCACAGAAGCCAAACUCCCCAAGCCGAAAGAGGAAGACGAUGCAGAGAAGAAGACCGAAACGGAGCUGCCGCUUCCCCAGACGCUCGUCAGAAUUCCCACGCAGCAUGCGCCCGCAGUGUUGCCCCACCCGACUCCAGAAGAUUGA